AUUGAAAAGUGAAAAGUAGCAGUGCAACUAUACCUAUGUUUUGAUGGGAUGAUCUCACGUGUUGCUCCUGCAAAGAUUAAAUAUCAGCAGCUGAAACCAUGAGCAAGAAAGGUAAAAAAGGACGUAGUGAAUUAGGGAGAGCCUUGAUGAAAGAACUAUCUAGGAGGAAACAAGGAGUUAAAAGAAAUAGCAAAGAGCCGUCUAUGCUCCAUACCACAGAAAUCAAUGAUGGUUACGAUUGGGGUCGACUCAACUUGCAAUCCGUUACGGAGGAGAGUUCAUUUCAAGAAUUUCUCUCGACUGCUGAACUGGCAGGCACAGAGUUCAGUGCAGAAAAAUUGAAUAUCAAAAUCGUAAAUCCCAAUGACGUUGGUUUGCUCUCGAAAGAGGAGAAAGAGACGAUGCUAGAACUACAUGAGAAAAAUAAAGAUCUCAUCAAAAUACCAAGAAGGCCAAAAUGGGGCAGUUCCACGAGCGCUCAGGAGCUGCACACUCUCGAAAGGGAGAAGUUCCUGGACUGGAGACGUUGGCUGGCCAUGUUGCAAGAAGCUAAGGAACUGAUGUUGACGCCUUACGAAAAGAAUUUAGAGUUUUGGCGACAAUUGUGGAGGGUGGUCGAGCGCAGCGAUGUCGUCGUACAAAUCGUAGACGCGCGUAAUCCGUUGCUCUUCCGCUGCGAGGACUUGGAGCGUUACGUCAAGGAAGUGGAUCCUAACAAAUUAAAUAUGAUUCUCGUCAACAAGGCAGAUUUUUUAACGGAUGAGCAGAGAACAGAGUGGGCGAAAUAUUUUACGGACAUUAACGUGCCGGUAGCUUUCUUCUCCGCCACACUGGCGGCGGAGAAGCUAAAAAUUGAGGAAGAGGACGAGAAUGAAACAAGUUCAGUGAAUGAAGAUGAAAAUGACGGUUCUGAUGCGAAGGACGGCGAUAGUGCUGAUGAAUGCAAUUUGAAUUGCUCGUCAAAUUCGAAACACAAAAGCGCGAAAGACGAUGUUAGUAAUGAUGAUACAUGUGUUAUAUCCAAUACAGAAGCGGACGAAGAUGAACAAAUAAAAGCCGCCGAACGCACGAUAGAAGACUUGAGUAUCUCAGAGGCGGACUCGACGCAUGAAACGAAGAAGAUAGCCAGUUCGCCGAAAUUAUUAAAUAGGAAUGAGCUCGUGCAAUUAUUUAAAACAAUUUAUAGCGGAGGUAAGACGCAGAGAGACAAGGUGACGACGAUCGGUCUGGUGGGGUAUCCGAACGUGGGAAAGAGUUCCACCAUCAACGCCCUGCUCAUGAAUAAGAAAGUUUCCGUGUCCGCCACGCCGGGCAAGACGAAACACUUUCAGACACUAUACGUGGACGAAGAUCUGCUGUUAUGCGAUUGCCCCGGUCUAGUGAUGCCGAAUUUCGUUUGCACGAAGGCGGAUAUGAUCUUAAAUGGUAUACUGCCGAUUGAUCAGAUGCGAGACCACGUACCGGCGAUCACGCUAUUGGCUACGCUGAUACCUCGGCACGUUUUGGAGGAUGUGUACGGCCUUAUGUUACCGGUUCCAUCGGACGGAAAUCUGGAUCGCCCACCAACCGCUGAGGAGCUGCUGAACGCGCAUGCCUAUAACAGAGGCUUCUUAACACAGAACGGCCAGCCGGACAACUCACGCUCCGCGAGAUACGUUUUGAAGGAUUUCGUUAAUGGCAAAUUGCUGUAUUGCGUUGCGCCGCCGAUGCUCCAACAACAAAACUAUCACACGUUCCCGCCACGACGCCGGAUUGUGUCCGCGAACAAGCAUAUACCGUCCGGAUUAGCUCGCCUUAACGAGGGAUACGGCAUAACGGAGGAGCAGUUUGAUCGCAAAUUCUUCCAGAAUGUACAUGUGAAGGGGGUGCAUGGAACUGUACCGCAACACUCUUUAGGUGCAAGGUGUGUGAGAUCGACUACUAGCUUGACAGAAUCUGUCGAUAGUCAAUGCGACAAACCUUGGAAGAAGAUAAAUAAGCAUGCCAACAAGAAUAAACGUGAAAAGACCCGAAGGAUAUAUGCUCAUCUCGAUCAACAUUGAGUACAAAAUGUGCGGGAGAUAUCAACUUUCCGCAGUUCUCGCACUCAUUAUAUCCUAUCGUAACACGCUGCGUGUAUAUUAUUAUAACUUCGUACUGUACAAACAUAGACUUGCGUCACAGGAUUACAUUCACAUGUAAUCGUGUACAUGCGGUAAUGUCCACGAUACGUGUACGUGUAUAUGUGUACAUAUGGUAAAAUUAAAAUAUUUUUCUAUUUUA